AUGGUUAAAAAGUGGGAGCUAAUUGAAAGCAAAAAUCGAUUCUAUUGUGAUGGACGCUGUUUAAGUGGCCAUGAUAUUGGAGUAUUUAUACUUGCUAUUGUUUUAAUUUCUAUUACAUCUGGACUAUUCUUCGCUUUCGAUUGCCCCUAUCUAACCAUACGACUCAGUCCAGCUAUUCCAGUGUUCGCUGCCAUACUAUUUUUAUGUGUAAUUUGUUUUAUUUUUCGUACUGCCUGCUCUGAUCCUGGUAUACUUCCACGUGGAACAUCAGAUGAAAUUCUCUAUCUUGAGCGAUCAAAUGUUACAAAUAGCCCACAUGGUGUUGCAUUGCCAGGCCGAACUAUUGAAGUUCAAAUGCACACUGGGCAUGUGCUUCAACUGAAAUUUUGCUCAACAUGUAAAGUAUUUCGACCACCACGCGUAUCGCAUUGUUCAUUGUGUGAUGCAUGUAUUGCAAAUUUUGAUCAUCAUUGUCCAUGGGUUGGAAAUUGUGUUGGCUUAAGAAAUUAUCGAUAUUUUUAUUCAUUUCUAUUUUCAUUAUCAAUUUUGUGUCUAUACAUAUUAUCUUUUAAUAUAACAAAUCUUGUUCUACGCAGUCAAGACAAGCCUUCGUUUAUCGAUGCUAUUCGAGAUACGCCGGCAACAAUUGUUGAAGCUAUAAUAUGUUUCUUCUCAAUUUGGUCGAUUGGUGGCCUUUGUGGGUAUCAUACAUAUUUAAUUUGCCGUAGUAUAACAACAAAUGAAGAUAUUAAACAUACAUGGAAUUCGUCACGUCAUGGAGUGACUGUGAAAAAUCCAUUUUCAAAAGGAAAUGGAUGUGUGAAUUGUUUUUCAACAUUAUGUGGACCGUUGCCACCGAGUUUUCUUAAUUUAAGAGCGACAGUCAAAGCUGAUGAUCAUAUUAAUCGAGUCAAAAAUGAACCGAUGAGUACAACUAAUAUCGAACCAAUAAUACAAUAUCAACCCGAAGACAACCGUCGACAAAAUAAUAAUCGAAUGCAUUCAACAACGAUUCAUCCAUAUUCUGAUCAAAAGCAAAAUCGUCGUACACCGCGUGAUUAUAUUUAA